UCCCCAGCCGCCCGUGCGGAGCGUGCUGCGCCCGCCCGCCCGCGCCCGCCUCCCCUCCGCCUGCCUCCGGCUGCCUCCCGCCUUCCCCCGCCUGUUCCCCUCCGUCCCCCACCUCUCUGCAGCCUGUCCCCCGCCUUUCCUCCGCCCUUGCCCCGCCUGCCCCGGCGCCUCCCGCCCGCCGCUCUCCGCCCGGCGCGGCCGGGCCCUGCCCGUUCGCAGCCCCGCGGCCCGGCGGGCAUGGAGCGGCUGCAGGUGGACGCGCAGGCCCUGGAGGAGUACGCGGAGUACCGGCGAAUUGUAGGUGAUGAUGAUGGAGGAAAGCUCUUUACUCCUGAGGAAUACGAGGAGUACAAAAGAAAAGUACUACCAGCUCGGCUACAGAACAGGCUGUAUGUGAGCUGGAGAUCACCAACUGGCAUGGACUGUAAGCUUGUGGGACCAGAGACACUGUGCUUUUGCACCCACCGGUAUAAACAGCACCAAACGGACUACGAGGCUCUUCCCCAGGAGCGCCCCAUCCGCGUGCCCUGCAGGGUGAGGCGCUGCCCGUGCCAGUCCUUCCGCUUCGUGCCCCUGAACGGCACGCAGCCCGUCCGCUGCCGCUGCAAGCACUUCCCCGAGCAGCACAGCGCUGCGCCCGGCUUUCCCUGCAACUCCUGUUCCAAGUGCUCAGGCUUUCAUAGCAGCUUUACCUGUGCAUGUGGUCAGCCAGCUUACGCUCACGAAACCGUUGUGGAAACCAAAGAGGAGCGCUUGGCCCAGGGAAAGCCCGUGGGGCAGGAUGUUCCUUACGCUGCCAUGGGAGGACUGACUGGUUUCAGCUCACUAGCAGAGGGCUACAUGAGGCUUGAUGACAGUGGAAUAGGUGCUCCCUCUGCUGAACUUUUAGAAGCCCCUAUUACUAGCAUGGAUCAUCCAUUUCUCAAAGCAUUUCAGGGACCUUCGAGUUCCACUCAAACCAUGCCGCAAAUAGCAGGUAGUUCAAGUGCCACAGGACAAGUUUCUCAUGGAAAACAAUCAGAAGCUGAUGACAUGGCUUACUUUGAAAAACGUUAUCAAGAACGGCUGAAAAUGGAGAAGGCUGCUAAACGGAAAGAGAGGAGUCCAGUGCUGUCAAAGAAGCCAUGAAAUUUAUAAAAAAAUAUUUAUUAUUUGGCACAUUUUUCAUUA